UUAACACAACUAACUAAUUAAGAAUGGUGGAUGCAACCCAAAACGACGGCGACCAACAUGUUUACAAGAUCCAAAAAGAUGGGAUGAUGAACCUCAUCAAAUCUAUAGCGGCGGCGGCGACAACUCAUGAUAAUGGGCAAUACCCAUUCUAUGUAUUAGACUUGGGAGCUGUUGAAAGGGCUAUGAAUAAAUGGGAGCUUUGUCUACCCCAAGUCAAGCCCUUUUAUGCUGUGAAGUGCAAUAAUGAACCUACUUUUCUUGCAGCCCUGGCCAAGUUGGGUGCCAAUUUCGACUGCGCCAGCCGGGGGGAGAUCGAGGCGGUUUUACACCUCGGUGUCCGCCCGGAGCGCAUCUUGUACGCCAAUCCCUGCAAGGCCGCCGCACAUAUUCAGUAUGCGGCGGCUGCCGGGGUCAACCUCACCACCUUUGACUCCAUGGUGGAGCUUGAGAAGGUGAAGAAGUGGCACCCAAAAUGCAAACUCUUGUUGAGGAUCAAGCCACCCAAUGACUACAAAGGCUCCCUCCGUCCCUUAGCGAAGAAAUUCGGGGCCCUCCCGGACGAAGUGGAGCCUUUGCUGCAGUACGCCGCCUUUUCUGGGCUUCAGGUGGUCGGAGUCUCGUUCCACGUGGGGUCCAUAGCGGAGGAACCCGUCAUCUACCGCCAUGCAAUUGCGGCAGCGAGGGCGGUGUUCGACGUGGCGGCUGAGCUCGGAAUGGCGCCAAUGCAAGUGCUAAACAUAGGUGGUGGUUUUAGAGCGGCGACACAGGUAUUUGAAGAAAUCUGCGACACGGUAAAAUCAGCAAUCACGGAUUAUUUCCCUAAAGAAAUGGCGGUAACGAUCAUUGCCGAGCCUGGAAGGUACUUUGCAGAGAAGGCAUUCACGCUGGCGACAAGCGUGAUCGGAAUCCGAGCACGCGGCGAGAGGAUGGAGUACUGGAUCAACGACGGAAUCUACGGAUCCUUCAGCCCAACGAUGUACAACUCAUCGCUGGUGAGUGUCAAGGCGGCGUUCUGCAAGCCGCCCGUGAAUGAGCCACCGGCGAUACGGUCCUCCGCCGUUUACGGGCCGUCUUGUGAUUCUCUCGACGAGGUGACGGCGGCGUCGGGGGAGAUAAUGUUGCCGGAGCUACAAUUGCAUGACUUGCUGGUGUUCACCAAUAUGGGCGCUUAUUCCAAAUCCGCUGGAACUAACUUCAAUGGUUUUGAUACCUUUUCCAUCCCCACUUAUAUUGCCUACACCAGUUAAUUUGUAUGAUUAACUAGUUGAGGAGCCUCCCUCUUAAUGGUUCAGAUGUCUGAAUGGUUCAGCACUUAAUGGUUCAGACUGUUUGUUUCAGCCUCUUAAUGGUUCAGAUAUCUAAAUGGCUCAGACAUUUGCCUCUGAAUGGUUAAGUAUUAUACAGAGUCUGAAUGGUUAAGAUCUCUUAUCUGAAUAGAUCAGACAUUUGCCUCUGAAUAGUUAAGCAAUAUACUAGCUCUUAAUGG